AAGUAAAACGACGUAGUAUUCAAUAUUUUGCUCCUUUUAUUCCUCACACCACAAAUAAAAAACCCUAGUUAGGUUUGUGAUUAAGAUUGCCUCACUUCGCUGCCGUCUCCAAUCUCAGAGCUCCUGUCGUCAGUGAUCGGAAUCCAUGGCUCCAAAGAAGGACAAGGCUCCCCCACCUUCAUCAAAGCCCGCCAAGUCUGGCGGUGGCAAGCAGAAGAAGAAGAAGUGGAGCAAGGGAAAGCAAAAGGAAAAGGUGAAUAACAUGGUGCUGUUUGAUCAGGGUACCUAUGACAAGCUUCUCUCCGAGGCACCAAAAUAUAAGCUUAUUACUCCAGCCAUUCUCUCUGAUCGUCUUAGGAUUAAUGGAUCACUUGCAAGGAAGGCUAUACGGGAAUUGAUGGCUAGAGGUUCAAUCAGGAUGGUGUCUGCCCAUGCAAGUCAGCAGAUUUACACUAGAGCUACAAACACCUAGAUGUAGUAUUGAUGCACCGCUUAAUUGAUUUUGUUUUCCAGUUUGAGACAUACCCUAUGCUAGAUUGAAUCAUUUCAGACAGUUUCUUUAUUCAUCGUUUAUUUCCUUUUACAUCCUUGAUAGUUAUAUAUUUCACAACGCUUUCAUGUUU